AUGUCAAGCGAUAAGAAGCAUCGCCUUGAGGGCGAUGCCGAUGCUGUGCAGAAGGUGAAGAAGGUCAAGACCGACAACUCCGCUGCCGUCGAGGAUGCGCCGGUGAAGGAGAAGAAGGACAAGAAAGAAAAGAAAGAGAAGAAGGACAAGAAAGACAAGUCCGAGAAGAAGAAGGAUAAGAAAGACAAGAAGGAAAAGAAGGAGAAGAAGGAGAAGAAGGACAAGAAGAACAAGGACAAGGAGCAGUCCGAGGAGCAGAAUGGCGACGAUGACACUGCGACAGCCGAUGCCAUGGACGUCGACAUCCCCGCCGAUGCGCCUGCUCCUGCCGAGGAUCAGCCAACUGCAAAGAAGGAGAAGAAGGACAAGAAGGACAAGAAAUCCAGGGACAAGAAAGAGAAGAAGGCGGAUAGGAAAUCAGAUGACGAGGUUGUCGCAGAAGCCCCUGCCACCAAUGGCGAGUCCUCCAAGUACCAACAGACCGCCGCCCUGAGUGCUGUUCCCGAGUCCGAGGUCAAGACGUUCCUCGAGGAGAAUUACAUCGCCAUCCACGACCAAAAGAACCCUUCGACCACACUCCGCCCGAUCCUCAAGUUCACCCACCUCCCUGCCACUCGCCUCCUGUCCAAGAACCCCUUCGGAACCUUCACAACUCCGACACCCAUCCAGGCCGCCUCCUGGCCCUUCUCCCUCUCAGGCCGUGAUGUGGUCGGUAUUGCAGAGACCGGCUCGGGCAAGACCUAUGCCUUCUCGCUGCCCUGCGUCGAAGCCUUACUGUCCCUACCGAAGCCCGCCAACGGGAGGACUGCCCCUACCCGCGCCGUGAUAGUAUCACCGACGCGCGAGCUGGCAAUGCAGACGCACGAGUCAAUCAGCACGUUGGCGUCGCUGGUUGGCCUGAAGGCAGUGUGUAUCUACGGCGGCGCAAGCAAGGACGACCAGCGCAACCUCCUUCGCAAGGGCGCAGACAUCAUCGUCGCCACGCCCGGCCGGUUGAAGGAUUUCCUGUCAGAGGGCUCCAUUUCGCUGUCUGAGGCGGCCUUUGUGGUCUUGGACGAGGCGGAUCGCAUGCUGGACAAGGGUUUCGAGGAGGACAUCAAGCUGAUCAUUGGAUCCUGCCCGGCCAAGGAGAAGAGGCAAACACUGAUGUUCACGGCGACGUGGCCCUCUGAGGUCAGAGGACUGGCGGAGACGUUCAUGGUAGAUCCCGUCAAGGUGAUCAUCAACAAGAACAAGCCCGGCGGUGAGACGGGCGAUGGCAACGGCAACGGCACUAUUGAGCUGCAGGCCAACAGCCGGAUCGAGCAGACUGUCGAGGUCGUGGACCCAAGGGGCAAGGAGAGGCGGCUGCUAGAGAUCCUCAAGGAUGCCCAGAAGGGCAAGGCGCGCAACGACCGCGUCCUGGUGUUCUGUCUUUACAAGAAGGAAACUACUCGAGUGGAACAGUUCUUGACGAGUCGCGGCCUCAGCGUGUGUGCCAUUCACGGCGACCUGAGGCAAGAGCAGCGCACAAGGAGUCUGGAAGCGUUCAAGGCUGGCACGACAACGAUCAUGCUGGCUACAGACGUCGCCGCAAGAGGUCUUGAUAUUCCCGAGGUGAAGCUCGUGGUGAAUCUGACGUUCCCCUUGACAAUCGAGGACUACGUUCACCGUAUCGGCCGUACCGGUCGUGCAGGCAAGGCGGGCAAGGCUAUCACGCUUUUCACCGAGCAUGACAAAUCACACUCUGGCUCCUUGAUCAAUGUGCUCAAGGCUGCCGGCCAGCCUGUGCCCGAAGAGCUCCUGAAGUUCGGCACGACCGUCAAGAAGAAGCAGCACGACGCAUACGGUGCGUUCUUCAAGAAUGUAGACAUGAGCAAGAAGGCGACCAAGAUCACUUUCGAUUAG